GGAAGUUGAUAAUGGACCAAAUUGGCAGGGAAUUGGAACAAAGUGACGUGAGUGAGGGCGAGAAGGUGAGUGGUUGCAGGGAUUCACCGGGGGGUCAUGAGGAGCAGUGGAUCGAUUUGGUGAGCGAGAGGGAGCUCGAGAAAGAAUUGUCGGUGAAGGAGGUCGAGAAGUUGAGAAAGGAGGAAAAAAAAAGGACAGGAAGGGCGAGUGAAAUAGCGAGGAGCGUUUGUGUGUGCGAAAAGCCCUACAAGGUAUGUUUUGGGAACGUGCGUCCGAGCGAAUUGAGGGACGUGAGGUCGUUGGUGAGGGUGUUGAGCGUGUGCGGCGAGGUGGGGUCUAAGUGGUUGAGUAGGAGGAAAAAGAUGAUGGUGGAGAAGGGCAGGAUGGAGUACAAGCGGAUUGACCCCAUGGAGAUAGGGUGGCGAGAGUUGAGGAAGAGGAUGGAGGAGCAGGAGAGAAAAGACGAGGAGAACAUAGAGUUGGAUCCGGAGACGCACAUGGUAAGAGCAGGGGACAUAUAUGCUAUAGUCAGGUGGUUUGUGCGUCGUUGGAGGGGAGGCGAGAAGACGUUGCAGUUUUUGCACGCGUAUCACGUGUAUAUCGACCAUUUGACACUGCUAAGGGAAUUGGUGGCUCUAUAUUUAGUACCAGUUGGAAGGUCGAAGGAACUAGGGUACCGCUGUCCGAAGAUAAAGAAGGCGUUGGAAAAGGGAAGGCAUCACGUCUGUAGAUCGAUUCGCCGACGCGUGCUUGCGAUACUGAGUGAUUGGGUGAAGUUUCGCUACGGAUCGAUUUAUCGUUACGACGAACAAAAAAAUUUUUUCAAUUUUCUUUUUAAAUUUAUUUCAAAACUUCAUCCAAAAAAUUCGGAGCCGUUGUUGAAGGCUCUCCAGAUGGCGUUGCAGCAGUCGCUCGAGCUGGCUCUACUUCGGUCUUUCUCGAGCGCGCCCUUUAACCAUGCGGUUUCUCACGAGGUGUCCAUACUUGACUUUUCCCCGUCGGUCAUUGCGCAGCACAUCACGAUGACUCAUCAGAUGCUUGUCUCUCAUUUGUCGCUGGAGGACUUUCUGUCCCCAGUGUCUCCGCCGUCAUUGUCCAGACUCAUCCGGAGGUUCAACUUUCUCUCGGCUUGGAUAUGUGCUCAAGUUCUCCAGCCUCGAUCGUCGCCGAAGCACCGAGCUGCUGUCAUAUCACACUUCAUCUACACCAUGCACCACCUCCAGUUGCUACGAAACUACGACGGCGUCAUGCUUGUUCUGUCCGCUCUGCACAACUGCUCUCUGUCCAGACUUCGCAAAUCGUGGGGUCUCCUCAGUCCCCAAUCCCUCUUGUUGCUCGAAGUGUCCUCGAAUUUGUUCUCUCGCAACUCGUCGCUCUACAGAAUGUUCAUCGCUCUCCACCCGCCUCCCUGCUUCCCGGUCUUGGAGACGCUCCUCAGAGACCUCACCAUCAUCAACGAGAACAGCACUUCCAUCCACUCGCACCCCGUCAACCUGCACAAACUGCUGCUCCUCGGAAAGUCGCUCCAGCUCGCGUCGAAGUCGCUCCUGAAGCCAUACAUGCUGUCCACCAACCCGCACCUCGAGGCGCUCAUUUCGUCCUCGGAGUGCCCGUCCGACCAGGAGCUGUACUCCAGGAGCCUGCAGCUGGAGCCCGCGCACAAGCAGUCGCGCUGCAUUCACGUGUCUUCUCCAACGUCGCUGUUGCUCAAAAUGAAGCACAGCAAGGCGCAUCCGGAUAAAUAGAGACAGACCGUCGUGCGCGGGAACUGGGAAUUCGCGCGACCUUCGCGCGCACACAAAACACGCACUGCAUGGAGGACUACAUACUGCGACGUGUACGCCAAAUGUUGCGUGUACACAGAUAUACAAAAGAGCCGUACACAACGGACGUCUACGACCUCGUGCGUGUAUACGCUGUGUGUAGGCCAACCUCGUGAACGGGGCCGCUGUCCACGGAAUAAAAUGAGGCGUCGCGUCACUCGGCGUCGUCGCUCUCUCGUCCGUUAA